UAUAUUCCAACGAAAAUACCUGAGUGUUCCGAUUGUCUACGGAAGGUAUAUUGGGAUAGCGCUCUGGUAUAUAAAGUCACUAGCCAAAUUGUGUAUCUUGCGUACGUUAUCUGGGUUUAUCGGACAUAGAGUGAGGACUUGGAUAUAAUAUGAGCAAGAUGACCAACAUGAUGAACGGAACAGAAGAAAAACCCGAAAAGACUAAGAAGAAGUUCUCAAAGAAGACACUGAGACAAAGUGAUGGGUUCCUCACUCAACAAACGGGUACUAAUCUGUAUGCCACACAGAAAGGCAUGCGGAUUGGCGGCGUUCGUCACGGCGCAGAUAUUCGUGCAGAUGACCUUGACCCAACUGGAAAUGCGGAACUUACACAAUCGGCAGCAACUAAUAAAUUUGCCAACCAGUCUGGUAUGCGAAUUGGGUCAGUACGACAUGCUGCAGAUAUUCGUUCCGACGACAUUGUACCUGAAGGUAUGCAGGAGCUAAGCCAGGCGGCGGCCACGAAUAAAUACGCCACGCAGGCCGGUAUGAGUUUCGGGUCCGUAAGGCACGCAGCGGACAUCAGAGCUGACGAUAUAUGCCAGGAAGGAAACGCCAUGAUUAUACCACAGAUGGGUUCAAACCAGUUUGCUUCCCAGAAAGGAAUGACAGGAUUCGGGUCCGUACGUCAUGCUAAGGACAUACAAUGUGAUGAAAUAUGUAUGGAAAGCAAUGCGACGAUUGGGUCUCAGCUUGGCUCAAACCAGUUCGCUUCCCAGAAAGGCAUGACGGGUUUCGGGGCAGUGCGCCACGCAAAAGACAUUAACGUUGAAGAAGCGUGCCUAGAAGGGAACGCAACCAUUGGUCUUCAGUCUGGUUCGAACCAGUUUGCCAGUCAAAAGGGUAUGCGUGGUAUGGGGGCAUUAAGAAUGGUGUCUGACAUCCGCUGUGAUGAUCAAGAUGAACAAGGAAAAACUGUCCUAACACAGUCAAGUGCAACACAUAUUUAUGCCUCACAGAAAGGUAUGACAGGAUUUGGAGCUACCCGCCAUGGUGCUGAUGUACGCUGCGAAGAUCUUGAUGACAGAGGCAAGGGCCAACUCUCUCAGCAAGCGGAAACCAAUAUAUAUGCCUCACAGAAGGGAAUGACAGGAUUUGGCUCUACCCGUCAUGGGGCUGAUAUGCACUGCGAAGACCUUGAUGACAGAGGCAAGGGCCAACUCUCUCAGCAAGCGGAAACAAAUAUAUAUGCCUCCCAGAAGGGAAUGACGGCAAUAGGCGCACUGAGGCAUUGCUCAGAUAUCCGAGCAGAUGAUGCUUCGUUGGAGGGCCUGGCCGUGCUUACUCUUCAAACAGGAACGAAUAAGUUCGCAUCACAGAAGGGCAUGACUGCUAUUGGUGCUGUACGAGGUAUCGCUGACAGACGGAUUAAGCCAUUAUGGGACGAAGGUGAUUCAGAUGAAUACCCGACAGACGAGGAGGACGAACCAAAGCCAGAGCCAGUUAGAAAGCGAUCUUCGUUCAUGACUCGUCCUGAAACACUUCCCAAAGCUGAACCUGAAUCAAAACCUAUACCGGAAGUGGAAGAGGAGAAACAGGAAGAGAACGAUGAAGACGCGACUUUUACGUUUAGUACUGAUUAAGGAAGAUAAACAGUUUUAAAACCAGAUUAUGGGUAACUUAAACCAUAAAAAAACAAGCAAGACCUUUUAGAAAAAUAAUGAAAAUUUUAAACAUAAACUUUAGCGGACAAUGUAUAUCAUGUCAUAUUUACACGUUUCAGAUGGAAGUUUGACUUUUGUUGAUUCGGUUAAUCGAACAAAUUCGGCUCCUACUAAUGUAUAAACUCUAAGUUGGUUAUUCGAAGAGGCAACGAUUUAUUUUCGUUUCAUUUCGUUUCAUUCACUUUUUUGUUAAAAUUCAUCCCAUUUAAAAUGGGAAAGGCAUACGGGACAAAUGGUGCAAUAACUCAUUUUAAUGUUUAGAAUUAAAACAGUCAUUUAAUGUUCAUUAUGUUGAAACCUCAUUUUUAAAGAUAGAUGCAUUCAUGAUAUCAUUUAUUCAUCUUUUCACUUUCCUUAUCAAGGCAUUCCUGACCGCACCUUUAAUUGGUUUUGUUCCGGAAUGUUGACAGUCUUUAAUCCAUCCCUUAUCCCAAACCCUCUACUCCUAUUGCUUGUCAUUCGAUAAAGUAUCUUUUUACAUGCAAAUUGUAGUAAGAUUGUACAUUUUGUUGUCAUUAUGUCGUUUGUUGUGAUAAAGAGAGCACGUGACUCGAAAUUUUAUUUUAAAUGUCUUUGGAUCCAUCGGCUAUUUAUUUUUUCUGUAUAUGAAUUGUAAAUAAAGUGCACUUUAUUGACAAAA